GUCACUGCCGCAGUGAGGCUGUAGCCUGUAGGUAGGUGAUAAACGGCGGUGUCAGCCAACCAAGGAAGAACCCACGCUGCCCCAAUCCGCAACUCUAAACUCUAAACCUUACCCUCUCUUGGUUCUAUCAUACGGUACCUAUCCUAACUAUCCACCUCUCUUCCCCCUCUACCCCUUCUUUCUUCCAAGACACAAACCUGCGAGCCCUCCGACAUCAUCGACAUCUCCGUUGCCCUGCCUUCUUAUUGCUAGGCAAUCGCCCACAUCGCUGGAGGCUGAUACCUUCCAUCAUCCCUUACGCUCCGGUACUUAACGCGUCUCGGCGCUUCUGAGCAAACCCCAAUUGACCUGUUCUCGCGAUAAUGACCCCUCGUGUUGAGGGAGCCGCCGUGCGCAAGCGCAGCCAGCCGUCAUCCCCGGCCUCUAAUAAAAAUUCACCCAAGAAAGUCAAGCGCCAGCCUGAUGAUGAUGUUGACCAAGUCGAUGGGAGUGCUAUAGUUGAGGAUAGGGAAUCUCUGGAAUCUCUACUAAACCCGCAAGGUGACGUUACAAUUACUCGUACUCCAGCAUCCUCCCCUCCUCCUCAGGACACACAGGUAGCUUCGCAGUUUUACUAUCCACCGCUUUCUGAGCAAGGAGUCGACGAAGAUGACGAAACCAUCUGGGGAUACCUUUGGCCGUUGACACAGAAAAAUCAGAGUGUCAUCAAGCUCAACAAGACCCCCCAGGUUUCUACUCCAAAUAAGGACUCUCCUAAAAGCGCCGAGAAGAAGAAACCUAAGAAUAAUAAUAAGAAACAUGGCACUGGUGGAUUCGUGAUUGGGCGUCAUGUCGAGUGUGACUUAGUCAUUGACCAUAACGUUAUCUCGAAUAGACAUUGUGUGAUAUAUAAGGAGAAUGCUGGUUCGCACCCUGUUGCGGUUCUCGAGGAUUUAUCUAGUAAUGGUACCUGGGUCGCCGGCGUUAUAAUUGGUCGCAACCGUAGUCGUACUCUAGAAAACGGUGAUGAAAUUGAGUUCCCAGGGGGAUUUCAGUACACUUUCAGAUACCCGCCGCACAUGCAAUCCAGCGCUUUCCGCAAUGCCUACGACCUUGGCCAGCAGCUUGGCUCUGGUCAUUUCGCUACCGUUCAUCUCGCCGUUGAUAAGAAAUCGGGGCAGGAGUUUGCUGUGAAGAUCUUCAGAAAACGCCGUAAUGAGGAUAAGAGCAAGACUUCUGGGUUACAACAAGAGAUCGCCGUCUUAAUGUCUGUUAAUCACCCCAACAUAUUGUGCCUUCAGGGCACCUAUGACGAAGAUGACGGUGUCUAUCUUGUUCUAGAAUUGGCUCGUGAGGGAGAAUUAUUCAACUACGUUAUCCGCAAUACCAAGCUUUCGGAGGUGGAUACUCGCAAAGUCUUUGUUCAGCUGUUCAAUGGCCUGAAAUAUCUGCAUGAACGCAAUAUUGUUCAUCGUGACAUUAAGCCGGAGAAUAUUUUGCUUUGUGACACCGAUCUUACGGUUAAAUUGGCGGAUUUUGGUCUUGCCAAGAUCAUAGGCGAAGAUUCGUUCACUACCUCACUCUGCGGAACACCUAGCUAUGUGGCGCCGGAAAUCUUAGAGCCCUCUCGUAACAGGAAGUACACCAGAGCUGUUGAUAUGUGGUCACUUGGUGUUGUCCUAUACAUUUGUCUAUGCGGGUUUCCCCCGUUCAGUGACGAAUUAUACACACCGGAUAACCCGUAUAACCUAUCGCAACAGAUCAGAGAAGCUAAAUACGAUUUUCCGUCCCCUUACUGGGAUGAUAUUGCGGACCCCGCACUUUACCUGAUUGAGUCCAUGCUUGAAGUAAACCCGAACAAGCGGAUCACUGUUGAUAUGGCGUUGAAACAUGCCUGGACUGUUGAAGGCACCUUUAAUCCUGCGGAAUCGUGUGAUUCUCUGGUUGGAGCUCUCGAGACGAUGGGGCUUAGGAGGAGCGUCGGUCGUGAGCGCACUCUGUUGGCGGAGCAUCCGGAAAUAAGACCGACUAGGGCCGUUGAGACGGCUGUCGUUAUGUCGCCCGUUACAUCGCCAUCGGUUGUCCCUGAGUCUGAGGGCGGAGGAGAGGAGGUUGUGACCAGAGAAACAGAGGUACGGGAAGGAAACCCUUCUGAUAUACCAGCCGUCAUGACCGCUUUUAUGCAUGUUGGGGGGCGAGGUGGUGAUGAGACUCUGUACCCUGACGAUUCAUUUGCCGAGAGCGCUUAGGUUUGAUUAGUUAGCCAGAGGGGAGUAAUUUGUGCGAGUGCAGAUCUUUGUACGUCCAAAAUCACAUAGGUCGACCUUAUCUUUUUGCGCGCUUCAAGCAGAUUACUUUUGAGUUACUCCAGAGCUAAAAAAAGGGGCUGGUUAGUGAUUUUUCUUCUUCUGGUGGAUCUUGGGGGCACUUGCAAGGGAGGGGUGGGCGAAUAUUCAGGUGGUAUCUUUGCGACUUCUUUUUCGGGCAUUUCUUUUCCAUACCAUAAAAACUGCCUCUUCUAUCUUCUCUACACAAGCGAGGUUUAAAAAUCUGGGGCUUAUCUUCGUUUCCUUUUAACAAAAUAUUUUUUCCCUGGGUCUUCUUAGUUUAAAAGGUGGUGAGCAUUAUUAUUACUGAUUUCAAUUA